GCAUCCUGUUAGGUUGGAGGACUCCGUUGGCGGGAAGGGAUGGCAGUGGCGGAGCAGAGCAUGGAAAGCUUCGUCAGGGGUCUUUUCCAAGGGAGCCCUGACCUCAGCGUCCUUACUCACGCCAUUGUGCGGAAAAAAUAUCUCGCCCACACUGGGAAAGAGGUUUUGACUAAAGAGGAGAAAGAUCGACUCAAACGGCUGAUAGAGAAGGAGUUGCUCCUGUUACAGAUUGAUGACUCUGGUGAAGAAGAGUCAGUGCCCUUAGCCACUUUUGGGAGGCGAAAGAGACCCAUUUGUGUCUCUGAUAACUCUGAAGAUGAGGUAGAAAGCAAACAUGAGCGGAAGAAGCAACGAACUGCGAAGGUGUUGGAAUUUAGUUCUGACGAAGAGGAUUCUGGGAUUGAUUCCAAGAAGGCCCAAGUCUCUCGUGGCCCAAAGCAUACUGGGAAAUCCACAGACUCCUCUGACCAUGGAGACUCCGGAGCAGAAGAUCACACCGAUAAAUCUCAUGCUUCAAGGGAGAAGCCGAAGACACAGAGGAAGGUGGCCGGUUAUAAACACCAAAAGAAAGCUGCAAGUGUGGCAGAGUCAGAGCGCGAUUUGGAUGAGCCUGAGGACAACGGCCCAGUGAUGAAAAAUGCAUACGUGACCAAAACCCAGAGGGCAAGCAGAGAGAAAGGGGAGCCAGGCAGUGAUUUGGAAAAAAAGGAGGUGUUUAAGAAGCAAGUAAAAAAACAAGGGAUGAAGAAGGCACAAGGGAGGGGGGCGAGCAAGAAGAAACUGGAGGAAAAUCAGAAAUGCAAGAAUCCAGUGAAGCGGCAAGGAGGGCACAAGCCCAAGAGAAUUGUGAGCAGAAAAGAAUCUGGAAGCGAGACAGAGGAAGGGAAGGGCUCCGAACAAAAAAAGGAGGGAAUACUGAAUUCCAGUGGCAGUGAAAACGAGUCCCUAAGCGAGGCAGAGCAGAGGGGAAAAGGGAAAAAGCAGUCUCAGAAAAUAACUGUUAGCAGCAAUGACUCAGAAAGCAGCUCUGAAGAAACUGCAGGUGUGAAUCAGGGACAAAAACGGUUGUUAAAAGAGAGAAAGGUGAAGAAGGAGGUGUCUGGGAGUGAAUCUAGCCAGGAGGAGAAAGAACCCAAAAAGGAAGGAGCAGAGAAAUCCCAGCAAGAAAGUGUCAGUGAACUAGAAUCGGCGAGUGAUUCUGAGGAUUCUGGUAGUAUAUCUUUGAGAGAGGUGAAAAACAAACGCCAGCAGGAAAAGGGAACACAGAAGCCCCAAAACAGAAGUAACAGCAAGGAGGAAUCAAGGAGGGAAUCAGAUAAGGAGGACGAGCACAGUAGCUCAGGAGAGGAAGACAGUCCCAGAUCAUCCAAACAGCAACAUCAAGGAAAGAACAAAGAGCAUCACUCUGCAAAGGGCGAGGAUCACCCCUCAAUCCAACGUCUGAAGCGCUACAUCCGGGCAUGUGGCAUGCGCAGGAACUACAAGAAACUGCUGAUGGGCUGCCGUUCCCGCAAAGCUCAGUUGGAGGUCCUGAAGAGGGAACUGGAAAACAUUGGUCUAAAAGGGACGCCCUCUCUGGCCAAGUGCAAGGCCCUGAAGAAAAAGCUGGAAGAAGCUGCUGAGGUGGCUUCGCUUGAUCUCAGCAACAUUAUCGUUACAGAAGGCCGUCCAAAGCGCCGUAAUGUCUGGAGUCUCUACAGCAAGCCAGAGGAGCCAACCAGAUCCCCAGAGGGGUCACCCAUCCGCCGCCCUUCAACAGAUUGGUCCCGUCUUAGAGGGGUCAUCAGUUCAGAUGAUGAAAGUGAUUGACUCUGAGGUGGAGGGGAGGGCAGCGGGCAGUUAUGGGCCAUGAACCUCACUUUGAGGAGAAGGGAGAGUUAAGCUAAGAAUUUUCAUCUGAUGACCAGCAAGAUGCUUCUGGAUCUUCUUAGUCCCUCUCUGGUUGCUUGAAAUGGUGGUGAGGAGAAGCUAACCACCUUAUAGUGCUGAUUUCCCUUAACAGGAAGACAAAAGCACAAAUGUUUAUGUUGAGCAUAGAGAACUCUUCCCUUCUGAAAAUACACCUGAUGUCAGAAGAGCUGGGGGAGAGGGGGGGCAAACAGUCCCUUGUGAUGCCCUAAAUGCAUAGCACCUAAAUCUAUGCCUGCACUGAAACUCUGAUUGAGCAAAAAGCAUCCAUCCUCACAUGAAAAAUUCUAGAGGAAAGGGUGCACAUGUGCAGAAGUUCUUUAAAUAUUUGUAUUGUUUCUCUGGUUUUGUCGUCUUUGGCUGUAUUCCUAAUAAAUGCUCAAAGGCGUGAGGGGGAAGGGAGUUAUUUUCAUGUCAGAUGUAAUGUUACGGCAUAGGAUGGCACAUGAAAAUGGCUGUGCCUGCCCCUCCUUUCCCCUUACUUUUCUCCAGUACACUUGGAAUCAAGUUUACUUUGCAUGAACUAUAGUUUGUAUUUACUUGGCAAAGUUUACAGUGUGUUCUUCUAAGAUUGCAAGCCAAAGUCUGGAACUAGUUUGCCGUCUGGGACAGGAGGGGAAGCACAAAUGAUAACUUAGCCUAUUUGGAUGUAACUGCAAGAUGUGAUUUGUACAAACAUGGAAGGUGCUUGUUCACUUGGUGUUGCUCUGAGGCAACCCAUAUUCUGGGACCUGGCAGACCUCCCCUCCCCACCCCCCCCACCCCAAUUUCUUUUGCUUCAAUCAAAUAUUGGCCGUUUUCACACGUCUUACGAACUGUGCAGACUCACGCAAAACUUUCAGAACAAUGGCAUCUUCCUGGCACGAUUUCCUGUCAUGACUCCCGUGAAUCGCGCCACAAACCGGUGUCAUGACGGGAAAUGGCACCAGGAAGAAGCUGUCAUUUCAAGAGUUUUGUGCGGCCGGUAAGAUGUGUGAAAAAGGACAUAUUCAGAUGGAAGGACGUAUAUGUACCUUUGUAAUGGGGAGCACAUAUUGUUGUAAGUGUUGUGGAGAUUUUUAUGACUAAAAAUAAAGUUUUUUAUAUUUGUUAA